AUGGUCGAACACGUUGUUAUUGGUUGUGGUAUUAUUGGUCUUUACACAGUAUUUGGUCUCUUGGAAAAGGGAAUCGAUCCCAAAACUAUCGCAAUAAUUGCGGAACAUCACCCAGGUGACUUAUCUAUCAACUAUGCGUCACCCGUUGCAGGAGCUUAUUUUUCAGCUAGUGCUGACUUAAAGUUGCUUAAGUAUAGUAACUACACUUAUCAAAAUUUGGUCAAACUUGAAACUUUGUUAGGGCCAAAAUGUGGACUUGGCCAUUGUACAUCGACAGAGAUUCUUGAUGAUUUGGAGGUAGAAUCAGAUCCCUAUUUAAAUGCAAUUGGUGAAAAUAUAGAUGAUUUUGAAAUUUUAUCUCCUGAAGAAAUUGAAAUAAUCUCUAAAGGAAGCAGGUGUGCUAUAAGAUAUAAAGCUUGGAUCUUCAACAGUCCAGUGCUUUUAGAAAAACUCUGUAAGUAUUACAAAUCUAUAGGUGUAGCAUUCCAAAGGACAAGGUUGGAAAGCAUUCAUGAUGCAUUUGAUUCAGACACCAAAGUUGUCUUCAAUUGUACAGGAAACGGUUCAAGGUUAUUGGGAGGUGUUGAAGAUGAAAAAGUCUUCCCCACUAGAGGUCAAGUUGUAGUAAUUAAGGGUCCCCAUAUUGACCAGUGCAUUCUGCGGUGGAAUGAUGAAGCAACUUAUAUUAUAAAGCGUCCUGACUCUGCAUCAGAUGAAGUCAUUCUCGGAGGAUACUACCAGCCUUACCAGCCUAAAAAGGACACGGCAGAUACUUAUGGAUUUGAAACUGAAAGUAUCUUGAAAAGAACCACAGAAAUGUUUCCGGAUUUAUUGAAAAAGAAUCCUUUUGGAGACAAAAUUGAAGAUUUGCAAAUUCUCAGAGUUAUUGCAGGUGCAAGACCAUGUAGAGAAUGUGGGGUUCGUAUUGAAAAAGAAUUGAUUGCUCCUAACAAACUAGUAAUCCACAACUAUGGAGCAUCAGGAAAUGGCUAUAUGUGUGGCUUGGGAAUGGCCCAUGAGGCAGUCAGCUUAUUGGAUUAA